CAGCCUGGGAGUCAGGAGACCCCACAGCUGCAGAGGCAAACACUCCCUGCACAAGCAUGGGGCAGGGGCUGAGCAGCAUCCAGGCCUCAGACCUGGACAAGUACAUAAAGGACAAUCUCCUUCUCGACACCACCUUCCGCACUGAGGUCACAGCAGCCGUUGACAUUGUGUGUGCUUUCCUGAAGGAGAGAUGUUUCCAAGAUGCGACUCACCCUGUGAGGGUCUCCAAGGUGGUGAAGGGCGGCUCCUCGGGCAAAGGCGCCGCCCUCAAGGGCAAGUUGGAAGCAGACCUGGUGGUGCUCCUGAGCAAUCUCACCAGCUUUGAGGACCAGCUAAAGGGACGGAGAGAGUUUAUCAAGGAAAUCGAGAAACAGCUGUGCCAGUUUCGGUAUGAGAAGAGGUUAUCAGUGAAGCUUGACUUCCUGAGAUCAUGCCGGAACAACUCUCCUGAGCUCAUUGUGAAGCUGAGCUCCUCCCAGCUCGAGGAAGAGGUGAACUUUAUUGUUCUGCCAGCCCGUGAUGUCCUGGGUAAUGUCUACUUCUACAACAAACCUGACCCCCACAUCUAUGCCAGCCUCAUCAGUGAGUGCACCUCCCUGGGGCUGGAGGGUAAGUUCUCCGCCUGCUUCACGGAGCUCCAGGGAAACUUCCUGAAGCAGCGUCCACCCAAGCUGAAGAGUCUCAUCCGCCUGGUGAAGCACUGGUACCAGCUGUGUAAGGAGAAGCUGGAGAAGCCACUGCCCCCGCAGUAUGCCCUGGAGCUGCUCACAGUCUAUGCCUGGGAACGUGGGAGUGGGUCCACUGAGUUCAACAUAGCCGAGGGCUUCCGGACAGUCUUGAAACUGGUCACCGAGUACAGGCAGCUUCGAAUCUACUGGACAGUGAAUUAUGACUUUGAACACCAGGAGGUCUCCAAGUACCUGCACAGACAGCUCAGAAGAGCCAGGCCUGUGAUCCUGGACCCGGCUGACCCAACAGGGAACGUGGCUGAUGGGAAUCCAGAGGGCUGGUAUGAGCUGGCAAGAGAAGCCAAGGCCUGGCGGCAGUACCGUUGCUUUCGGCACUGGGACUGUUCCACAGUGCGCUCCUGGGAUGUGCUGGUGAGUCCCUGUCCUCAUCUUUUCUCCUCCCACCCAGUUUCUGUCGUGCCAGCUAUUUGGAGAAUAUUCUCACAGACAUGUGGUCUUUUGAUAAGGUGUCCACACCCCAGUGCAGGCCAGCUGCAUCCUUUGUUUUACAGACACUUUAGCACCAUUCAGAGAUUUCGCAGGCUCACAAGAUGGCUCAGUGCGUAAAGGCGCUUGCUGCCA